AAUAAUGCACAGACGAUCUAAGAAUAUAAAUGCUCCCCUGGAAGCUAAAGAAAAUGAGAGUGGCUAUACCGACGAGAAGCAAGAGGCCUCUGUCCCUGAUACGUCAAAAGACCAGAAGAGUUGCAAAGUGACUAAAUCAAAAGUCGUAAAGGCAUCCAAGAAGGAGAAUUUAAGUGAUGGGAACCAGGCGCAGUUGCAAAAAUGCUCCCUGAAAUACACCAAAGGGCUCGAGAAGGAAUUGUACCACAACAAGGAGGAUGAUGUUAGCUGUCAGUUUACUGAAUGCUUUUUUGAUACGCUAAAAGGGGAUACGGUUGGUGAACCUAUCUUGCCCUUGAACAGUAAGGAAAAUUUUUCAAGAAGUAGACCCAUUUCUUUGGGGGAUGAAUGCAACUUGACACCUAGUAAGGACAAAGCAGAAGAAAAAUCUGAUUGUGGAAUACCGGAGAAACAGAGGAGAGAACCUGUUGAUUUUGCAACUGUAACAAUUGCUGAAUUUGGGAUUACUCAAGAAAGUUUUACUGAACGAUCUAUAGGGAAGUCUCCAACUUCAUUAAAGUUUCGACGAAGAUCAGCAAUUGGAGUACGGGGGUCACCAGAAAAUAACACCCUUAUUCGAUACCUUGCCCAGCAGAGAAGCAACAGGCAAAAAGAAGCUUUUAAACAGGUUAGUUCUUUUGAACAUGAAAAUGUCAGGUCGUUGAAGGAUAAAAUAGAUGCCUUUCAAGCAUCUUUUAAAUCAGUAAAAGAAGUUGAAGGGGAGACUGGCUUCUCUGGAGUGUCACAAGUGGAUGAUGCUUCCCCGGAAUCAGGCUGUUAUUUUAGUGAUGCGGUCAGAACUGAAGACAUUAGAAGUGAUGUUGUAUCAGAUGUAAGCAGAAAGAAAGUUAGUUUUGUGGAAGAACUGAGCCUGGAAAUAUUUGAUGAAAGCAAGCCACCUGUCACACCACUGCAAAUGGGAAAUACUUCAUUAAAUGAUCAUACACAGAGUGGGUUCCACCUGCGAUCUGUAUUAAAGAAAAUGCCGAUGAAACAACUAAUGGAUAGCAUGAAGGAAUACUCGAACGAUGCAGUUGACAGAGGAGGAGGUGAGUCUCUCGCAGUCUCCAAUUGUGCAGAAAUCUUUGAAGCACUGCCAACAGAGAAAACUGAAAGACAUAGCUCUGAAAAGUCAAAGAAGAAAAGAGUUACUUUUGGAGAAGUUCUAAGCCCAGAAAUAUUUGACGAAACUUUGCCUGCUAAUACUCCAUUGCGCAAAGGAGCAACACCAGUCCGUCAUCUAGAAUUGCAAAGGAAUAGCCCUUUUGCAAGGUUAAGUCUCACUGAAGAACCAUUAUCCCAGCCGAACUUUGAUUGUAAUGAUGAAUGUGUUGAGCCUCUUCAAGAGCUAGUGGAGGGUUCUGAUGCUGCAGAAGACCUCUUACCUGUUGAAAAUGCAGAAGCAGAAAUUGACAAAUCUGGUAGGAUAACAACUCGUUCUUCUAUUAAAAGGAAGCAUAGCACCGUUUCAGAGGGGGCUGAUUUUAGCACCUCUAGAGCCACAAAUACUAAGAAUGCCAAAGAUACUAAAAAUCCAAGAAAAAACAAGUUUCAAAGACAAAAGAAUAUAGCCACAUCUGCUGCCAAAAAAACACAAAAAAUAAAACAUACAAGCUAUGGGAAAAGAAGAAAGAAAAAAGCAAAAAAAUGUUUAUAUGGGGAAAGAGAAAUGGCUUCUAAGAAACCUCUUCUCAGCCCUAUCCCUGAAAUUCCAGAGGUUUUCUCUUCUGCCUCAUCUCCAAACUUGCCGAAGGCAAAUGCACUUUUUUCAGAUAAUACCAAAUCCAGGAGUGCUUGCAAGGAUGUUCAACAGAAGCCAGUGGUUGAAAGAAUGAGAGUGAAAAACAUGUGUGCAGUUGAUACAUAUUCAAGCUCUAAGGACCUGGACAUUGUAGAAGCCAGCAGCUCCAAUGAUAUGAUGCUUCAGUUUUCAAAUACUGUGCCAGAUGGAGAGUGUGUUUUUGAUACAUCUGACUAUUUCCAGCAAGAUAAAGAGAAUGCAUGUGUAAAAGAGGCAAAAGAAAGUGGUUUCUUGAUAGAAAACGAGAAAUUACAAGGAAAUCUCCUAAAUAAGGCAGAGCGGCUAACUGGGCUAGAAUUUCUGGAACAACAGGACACUAGUGUACAUGAGGGUGCCCAAAGAACUCAGUGUCCACAGAAAGAUUCUAUAGCAGGUAGCCCACCAAGAAGAAGAAGAAGAAGUAGUGCCAUCUAUUUUCCUCCUGUUGAACAAUUGGAAAUAACUGGAAACAAUCUUUCAGUUUCUUGUUUUAAUGUGGAAGAAGUCUUAUCUGCUCCUCGGCUAAAAAAUGACUCUUUAGAGCCUUUUAGAAGAAAGAGCGAUAACAUUGGUGAAAAAAAAGUGAGGCGCAGCAUGAGAUUACAUAAAGAUGCAGAAAUUGAAGGACUUGCAUGGAUUCAAGUACCCAAUGAGAUUCAAAAGAACUCUUCCCUGCUAGCUUCUGCUUGCAAAAUCAGGAGAACGAUAAGCACAUCCACCCUUACAGAAUCUGAGAAUAUUCACCACAGAGAACAAAAUCUCAUCCAGUUUUCAGCACCGGGGAAGGAGAACAAUGACUCUGUUCAUCUUGCUGCUGGGCCUUGCAAAAGAUGGAGGAGGAAAAGCAUGUGUGUAUCCACACCUCAAGAAACAAGAACUUGGUCUCAAACCCGGAAAAGGAGCAAAACAAAUUCUGUAUAUAGGAAGGACAGAAGUAACCAAAAACGCUCCGAAGAAUUAGAAAUACCUCUUGAAAAUAACAUUUAGCCAGGUUUCAGCGCCCUCUGAUUUUCUGAAGUGAAGAUUUCAAAAAUGUCCUAAAAAACCCCUUGAGAUUCUCUGCAAAUAAGAAAGAAAAUCACUUCUGGCUUGAAGGGGAGGAGUAGAAGGCGGGGAAGCUGUUACCGUCUUCUGAAAAGACUUUGCUUUACCUUCUGGGCAUGAGCAGAGGUAGAGUUCCUAUAAGUAAGACUAAACUUUGUGUUAGAAAGAGUUAAUGAAGUCUGCUUCUCUGGUGUGAAGGCUGGUCAUUUAAAAAAAAAAAACGCUUUUAAAUCUUUAUUGUAUAUAGCACUAAUUUUUAAAA